AUGACUGACGUUCCUCUUCCUGAAUGCCUUCCAAAGCCAGAAGAACCGAAAGCUGCAGAACCACAACAGUCUCCUCAGCAACCUCAGUUCCAGCAAGUACCUCCGAAUUACUACCAAUUUCCACCUCAAGGUUAC